AUGUCGCAUCGCGGUCCUUCUGGCUACGGCAUUGGCGGCCCCAGCCCCUACGCUGGAGGCAGCGCCGGUGUUGGUGUUUCUGACGAGUCCAGCGGCAGCCUCUUUGACCAGAUCCGGCCCUACACCAGCAAGGUCGAGGAUCUGCUCGACUCCUUCAGCGAGCCCGUCAAGCCCUAUCUUCCAGCCAUUGGCCGAUUUUUGAUCGUUGUCACAUUCCUCGAGGAUGCGCUCCGCAUCAUCACACAAUGGAGCGACCAGCUGCUGUACCUCCACGACUACCGCCACAUUCCCACCGGUAUCAACCACCUCUUCCUUCUCUUCAAUGUCGUCGCCAUGGUGUCCUGCUCGUUCCUCGUCAUUGUCAGGAAGUACUCCGACUACGCUGUUGGCGGUCUCAUGUCCGUGGUGGUUAUCCAGGCCUUUGGCUACGGCUUGAUCUUCGACCUCAACUUCUUCCUGCGAAACCUGUCCGUCAUCGGUGGUCUGCUCAUGGUCCUGUCCGAUUCGUGGGUUCGCAAGACUAAGGCCUUUGCCGGUCUUCCCACCCUCGACGAAAAAGACAAGAAGAUGUACUUCCAGCUGGCCGGCCGUGUGCUCUUGAUCUUCCUCUUCAUUGGCUUCGUCUUCAGUGGCCAGUGGUCUUUCUGGCGCGUCCUUGUCUGCAUCCUCGGUGCUGGCGCCUGCGUCAUGGUUGUUGUGGGUUUCAAGGCCAAGUACAGCGCGACCCUGCUCGUCGUCAUCCUGAGCGUCUUCAACCUCUUGGUGAACAACUUCUGGACUCUCCACGAGCACCACCCGCACAAGGACUUCGCCAAGUACGACUUCUUCCAGAUCCUGUCCAUUGUCGGCGGUCUGCUGCUCCUGGUCAACAGCGGCCCCGGUCAGUUCAGUAUCGACGAGAAGAAGAAGGUUUACUAA